UAGAACAGUGUAAGGUUUAAAUAGGGAUAAACAUGGGAACAGACACACAGUAUGAGUGACAGAGAGAUAGAAAGGGGAGAGAGAGACAGAGCGAGAGUAAGAGAUUUCUACAAAAAAACAGUGAUGGAAACGUUGUUGUAUCUCACCCUGCUAAUCUCAGGGUUCCACACACCUUCCUCAUGUCUUCAUCAGUAUCACCUCAUUACCAACAAUACGAACUGGACUGAUGCCCAGAGUUACUGCAGAGCACAUUACACUGAUCUGGCUACAGUAGAUGACAUGGAGGACCUGAAUAGGCUGAUUACCAGUGCCAAUGACUAUAAAUUAAGGCACUGGAUUGGACUGAAUAAGGGAGACUCAAUGAAGUGGAACUGGUCUCUGGCAGACAGACGUUUCUACAGAGAGGGGGAGACUGAGUUCAGAAACUGGGACACUGGGACUCCCCAAAAUGGUAACUGUGCAUUAAUGAGUACAGCUGGUCUGUGGAACAACGCCUCCUGUGAUGACCAGCAUCACUUCAUCUGUUAUGAUGGAAAACAAGACACCAACCAAACAUACGUCUUAAUUCAGGAGAACAAGACCUGGAUAGAUGCUCAGAGUUACUGCAGAGAGUAUGACACAGACCUGGUCAGUGUGAGGAACCAGACUGAGAACACAGAGAUAGAGAAGAAGAUAUCACUGAGGGGACUUCCUGUGUGGAUCGGUCUGUUUCUAGACUCCUGGAGAUGGUCAGACCAGAGUGACUCCUCAUUCAGAAACUGGCUGUCAGGAUGGUCUUCAACAGAUCAGAGAUACAACUGCACUCUGCUGUCGUCUUAUGGUCCAGCUGUGGAGACCCCUGAGAAACCUCAACUGAAGAGACAUGUGGUGAGAAUGAAAGUGACCCCGAAGGAUCAAAAUCUGAACCUCAGUGAUCCUGCUGUUCAGGACACCAUCUUACAACAGAUAAGGAACAAGCUGAAGGAGCAGGGGUUACCUGCAGACACCAAAGUGACAUGGAAAAAGCAGCCUGAUGGGAAGUUUGUAGAGCAUCGUGCUUUUGUCACGGCCGACGAAAGAACACAUUACACUGAUCUGGCUACAGUAGAUGACAUGGAGGACCUGAACAGGCUGAUGACCAGUGUCGGUAGUUAUAAUUCCUGGUUAUGGAUCGGACUGAAGAAGGGAGACUCCAUGAAGUGGCACUGGUCUCUGGCAGACAGACGUUUCUACAGAGAGGGGGAGACUAAGUUCAGAAACUGGGACACUGGGACACCCCAAAAUGGUAACUGUGUUUUAAUGAGUACAGCUGGGCUGUGGAACAACGCCUCCUGUGAUGACCAGCAUCACUUCAUCUGUUAUGAUGGAAAACAAGACACCAACAUAACAUACGUCUUAAUUCAGGAGAACAAGACCUGGAUAGAUGCUCAGAGUUACUGCAGACAGUAUCACACAGACCUGGUCAGUGUGAGGAACCAGACUGAGAACACAGAGAUAGAGAAGAAGAUAUCACUGAGGGGACUUCCUGUGUGGAUCGGUCUGUUUCUAGACUCCUGGAGAUGGUCAGACCAGAGUGACUCCUCAUUCAGAAACUGGCUGUCAGGAUGGUCUUCAACAGAUCAGAGAUACAACUGCACUCUGGUGUCUUCUCAUCCUUAUUCUUCUCAUUAUUAUAAAUGGAUAAAUAAACCCUGUGACAACAACUAUCCUUUCAUCUGCUAUGGUCCAGCUGUGGAGACCCCUGAGAAACCUCAACUGAAGAGACAGGUGGUGAGAAUGAAGAUGACCCCAACGGAUCAAAAUAUGAACCUCAGUGAUCCUGCUGUUCAGGACGCCAUCUUACAAGAGAUAAGAAACAAGCUGAAGGAGCAGGGGUUACCUGUAGACACCAAAGUGACAUGGAAAAAGCAGCCUGAUGGGAAGGUCUUCCACAAGGAGGAAGAGGGGUCUCCCAAGAAAGAAAAGGAGGAGAAGAAGAUGAAGAGGAUGAUGACAAAGAGAGAACUCUAAUUAUGUUAAAUGUUCUCCUAACUUUUCUCUUUUUUAAAUGUAGAUGAAUUAUCUGUACUGGGAUGUAUUUUCUGAACCUAAUUCGAUGUGUUUUAUUAAUUAAAUUCUUUAAGUACAAACAUCAAUAGUGUUUUAUCAUGAGAUGUUUUUCUUGAUAAUUUUCUUGACUUGGUUGUUUUAUUACAGGGUUUGUUCUCAAGACAGACGUUUCACACAUCAUGUCUGUAAAUGAGUUAUUUGUAGUUAUGUUGAUAUUCAGGGCUGUGAAAAAGUAUUUGUCUCCUUUCUAAUUUGCUCAACUUUUACAGAUUUAAGAUGCUGAAUGUUAUCAGAUCUUCAAAGGAAACAGAAUAUUAGAUGAAGGGAACCUGAGUGAACCUGAGUGAACAAGUAACACAACAAUUACAUACUUAUUUCAUUUAUUUCAUAAACAAUGUUAUGUAACACCCAAUGUUCAUGUGUUAAAUAUUAAUUGUCCCAUUACACUCAAUUACAGGUUGUCACACCUUUAGCUGCAAUGACUCCAACCAAGCACUUCCUGAAGUUGUAGAUCAGUAUUUCACGUCACUGUGGAGCAUUUUUGUCCCACUCUUCCACCUAGAACUGCUUAAACUCAGUGAGUUUUCAAGGAUGAA